AUGGUGAAAGCGACCCAAGCGUUUGCAUUGGUGAUGGUCUUCAUCGUCGCGUUCUUGGCAGGCCCGGUUCUCGGAGCGGCGACGGUGCCGAACGGCAAGCCGUGCUACCUGACGUCAGCAUACAAGCCUGUCAAGCCGUGCGCUGGCGGCGUUGCCACAUGCGUUGUGAACAAGAUCCCUGCUCGCGGCUCUAGCGACACUCGCAUCUCAGGAAUCUGCAACAGCACCUACUUCAAUGGUCCUUACUGCGCGUUCGCGUCGCAACCGUACGCCGUGGGCACGAGCAAUAUUCCGGGGAACCCGAACUGCCCGCGCUGCACCUGCACGCUGCAGCGAGCGGGCAGCGCGACGACUACCAACUCCGCAUUCGUUCGCGCGGCUUCGUCGCCCAAGCGUAAGGCUGGGACGGCGUCCGCCACCUGUGUGUGCGACAGCGGUGCCACCAUCAGCGGUAUCGGCGGUGGCGGAACCCCCUGCAAGAUUGGCCUGAAUGGGCAGCUUGCGCCAGGCUCGUCAUGCCCUAUGACCCAAUCCUCGUGCUUCAUCAACAAGGUGGGAGCCAACGGUGCGGACUCUGGAGUGUGCACUGCGCCUCAGACAAUUUCCCCCAUGGCGUGCAACUCAGCGGGAGAGACGUGGGGCAUGCGCUACUACGCGGUGGGCACCACCGACAUCCCCGAGCCGGGCAACUGGUGCUCGCGCUGCAUCUGCGGUCCAUCAGGCCUCACGGGCUGCAAGCCUAAGUCGCCGUGCACACCGCCCAAGUAG